CCUCUCGCGCGUCCCCCUCCCCUCGCGGGUCCCCCUCCCGCCGCGCUCCGCCGCGUCUGGCUCAGUUUGCUCCUGUCCUCUGGAGGAGCGCUCUCUGGCGGCCUGUCGGGCGGUGACACACGAGGUGACCCUUUGCCUGCCGGGUCUGCAGAUGCUCCGGCCUGCUCGUGUGGUGGGCGCCCAUCUCCGGGCAAAGACCGCGGCCGUCCUGCUCCGAGUGUUUGUGUAGGAGCGGGCGCCUCCCUGCCCCCUGCCUUUGCGCGUGCGUUUUCCCGGAGCUUUAGGGGCUCUUGCUCGCGGUGUCCUGCGGCGGCAUGAUGCUGUGUCGUGUUUGGGUCGUUGCGGUUGUUGCCGCACUCGGCGGCUCUGACUGUGGCGGAGGGUCGGGCAGACUCAGCCCGCUGCCUGCAGAGUCUCGUUGUCCUGGAAUGCUGCCGGGGCCGUUUGCGUACUAUCUGGGGCCGCCUUGCCGUGAUGGCAGAACUGAUAGGGACUGUGUGGCCCAAGGCUGAACUGCUGACUGGCCCUCUGCAGAAAACCUUUGUGACCCCUGCUGUGUGUCCGGUUUCGACCUGCCAUCAUUCUCCUUCUCUUGUCUCUGCUCCUUCUCCCCGUGCUGUAGUGUUGGAACUGUGUUCGCUGAAUAUCUUGAGUCCGUGUUAGUAAUUGCCAGUAGCACCUGUUCUGAUCAUUACUGGUUUGAAUUUAUCAGCGUUGCAAUCGUGUUGUUUUGAUCCCAAAAUUUCUUUCCUUGUGUCCACUAUUUGCCCUUACAUCUUUUUGUUUUUCUAAAGAUUUAAAAAAUUUUUUUCCUUUUUCUCCUCAGGGCUCCCAGGUACAUAGUGUACCCCAGGUACUUUUUAGUUGUGGGUUCUUCCAGUUGUGGCAUGUGGGAUGCCGCCUCAGCAUGGCCUGAUGAGCCAUGCCAUAUCCGUGUCCGGGAUCUGAACCAGCAAAACCCUGGGCCCUGGGCGGCCGAAGCAGAGGGUGUGAACUUAACCACUGGGCCCAGGGCCGGUCCCCUGCCCUUACGUCUUUGUGCCUUUUUGUUCUUGUUAUAAUGAAUUUAUAUCCUCAUAAGUUGCUGUUAACCUUAAAGAUAAAAGAGCCAGUUAUUUUAUCAGUAAAAUGAGUUUAUUCGGGAAUAGCCAAAGAAUUGCAAUUCAAGAUGUGCAUGCUAUGGCAGACCAGAGGCAAAUCCAACAAACAGGGGCGAGGAACAUCAUUUUAUAGGAGAAAGGAGGAAAUUGGGAGGGUGGUUCUGCAUGAAAGUCCAUUGAGAAGAGCAGUUCAGGGUGAUGGUGGUUUCUCAUUGGCGGAGUCCCUGGGGUCGUCGACUUCUGUUUGGGACGGAAUGCAUAUUUCUUCCUGUAGUUAAGAAUUCUUUCCUGUUGACUCUUGUUGGGGUCUGUAACUGACCUCGAGUGGUACUGCGGGGGAGCUCCCCCUUCUGGCCUCCUGACCCUGUUUUAAAUGAGGUUUCCCUUACUAAUUUUUACAUCACUCUACAGCAUAAAGUAAUUUCUCUUUGUUUCUUGUUUUUUUUCUCCUCGCACUUUCCCUCUGGUCUGGAGAGUCUUUGCCUGGCUGCUGGCCCAGCAGUUCUUGGCCCCGUGCGUGCUCGUGAUGGCCCUUUCCACACAUUGCGUGUGCCCUGCUGUGUGCUGGUGAGCAGUUGUUUUUCUCGCCUGGCUCAUUCCUGAGAACGGGGAAUCACAGUGCCACUCGCUGUUCUUUGCACUGAGAGAAUUGGGGGCCACUGAGGGUGAGGUCCCCUGAGCCCAGUCUCCAUUCUGAUUCCAACUCAAAGUCAUUUGUGGGGAGCAUUGUCUGGAGGGUGGGGUGUUGGUUCCAUCAGAGAGAGAUGCCCCAAAGUGAGGCCCUGCUUCUCCGAAGCAGCAAGGAGGGAAGAGGGGAGCACACCCCCUGGAUGGCUGCUCCUGGGCCCGGGGGGUUGGUAGGCAGUGUCCAAAUCUCUCUCAGUUCUGCUCCGUGGUGUGGGGUGCUGGGGGCUGAGCCCGCUGGCCUUCCACACUGCCCAAUGCCCUUGUUUGGUCUGAUGCCUCAGUUAGUUCACAGGGGCAAUCCUGCCCAGCCUAUUUGUUGUUGGCCAUUUACUGAUAUCUGAUCUCACAGAGGUCCCUCUCUGGGAGUGGGCGCCUCCCUGGAAACCGGGCUUCCUCCUUUCUCUCUGCUCACUCUUCAUGGGGUCUUCUCUGCUGCCUCUCUCUGGAAUCUUUCAGUUCACCUCUCACGCUUCUGAUUUCCUAUUCUCGAGUCAUUCCUUCUCAGGGCACCCUCUUGUUUCCUGGAUGUAGCACCUUUUCUCAGAGGAAGCUUUAGUUUUUUCUUUUUAAAGUAGACUUUUUGGAGCAGUUUCAGGUGCACAGCAUAAUUGGGGGAAGGAGCAGAGAUUUCUCACGUACACACAGCCGCCCCCUUUAUCCACAUCCCCACCAGAGAGGUACAUUUGUACAGUUGAUGAACUGACAUGGGACCGUCAUUGUCCCAAGUCCAUGGUGCACAUCAGGGGUCACGCUGGGUGUGGUGCCUUCUGUGGGUUUGAACAAAUGCACAGUGACCUGGAUCCAGCAUCGCAGUAUCAGACAGAGUGGUUUCACUGUCCGGAAAGUCCUCUGUGCUCCACCAUUCAUCCCUCCCUCCCUCAGCCCGUGACAUCACUGAAAGGGUCUUGCACGGUCUCCCUGGUUGCUGUUCCCAGAGUGCCACAUGCUUGAAAUCGUGCAGUGUGGAGCCAUUGCAGACGGGCCUCUUUCAUGGAGUCCUGUGCACUUCAGCUUCCUCCGUGUCUUUUCAUGGGCUCACAGCUCAUUUCUGUACAGCGCUGAAGAAUCUUCCACUGUUGGGCUGCAGCACAGUUCACUCUCUUAUCCAUUCGCCCCCUGAAGGACCCUUCGGUGGCUUCCAAGUUUUGGCGGUUAUGAAUAAAGCUGCUGUAAACAUCCGUGUGCAGGUUUUUGUGUGGACGUAAGUUUUCAGCUCCUUUGGGUAAAUGCAAGGGGCAUGCUUGCUGGAGUAUAUGGUAAGAAUAUGUUUAGUUUUGUAAAAACUGCCGACCUGUCUUCCAAAGUAGUUGCAGCAUUUUGUGUUCCAGCAGCAGUGAAGGAGAGUUCCUGUUGCUCUGCGCCCUCACCAGCACUGGCUGGUGUUUUUGGUCAUUCUGGUAUGUGUGUGGUGGUAGCCUGUCGUUACAUUUGCAUUUCCCUGCUGACAUGUGAUGUGGAGCAUCUUCUCAUAUGCUUAUUUGCCAUCUGUAUUUUGUUUGGUGAGAUGUCAAGGUCUUGGCUCAUUUUUUAACUUUUAAACAAUUCAAUCUUGUUAUCGUUGAGUUGUAAGUGGUCUUUGUCUGUUUUGGAUGGUGGUGCUUUGUCCACGUGUCUUUGAGGUCUUUCUCCCCAUCUGUGACUUAUCUUCUCAUCCCCUCUGGCUGUAGUCUUGCGAAGGUCUUCUCUCUCUCUCAUCGUAUGUGUUGGCCUCAUUCUCACCUGCAGACUUUCCUCAAUUGCUGGUGCUGAAGGAGAUGCUCCUGGUUCUGGUCCUGCUGUGCUGGCUUUUAUGGGAUACCUUCAAGGCUGUGUCUGCUGGUCUCUGGGGCCCCUCCUGCUGGGGCUGCCCCCCAGGAUGGGAUGGUCCUCUGCUCCCUUGUUUCCAGGCGGGGCGUGCUCCCUUGCCUCCACGCCUGGUUCCCCUGGCGCGGACCUCAGCGGUCCCUGGGUGCCCCUGGCAGAGGGAGGGUGGGGAGUGCAGCUGGGUAUGCUUCUGCCCAAGACCCACUCAGCCCCCAUCUAACCUGAAUCUCUCCUGUCCUCCUGCCGUGGCUGCCUGCUUCCCUGGCUGUCUGCUUCCUGCCUCGUGGGGGCGUGUGGGGCGCUGCGUCCUCAGUCCCUGACGGGUGCCCUGCAGGCUGCGUUCCCAGGGAACUUGGAACGUGGCAGUCUGUCACGUCCUCGCACCGUCCUGCAGCAGCCCAGCGCCCCAGGGGAGCUGCUGCUCCUUAGCAGGGUGUGUGGGUCCGUCCCUGUGUGCCUUGUCCGGUGCCCACCAGCCCCUUUGUGCUCUACCCGUGCCUGGCGCCCUGGCACCUGCUGCCUCCUCGAGGGACCCAUUUGUUUGUGAAGACCCUGGCCCCAGGCAGAGUGGGGUCUAGAGCUGUGCUCAAGGAGAGGGGGCCCUGUGUUUAUGGGGGUGCUGGACACCAGGCGCUCCUGGAGGAAGGUGGUCUGUGCACUCCAGGCAAGGGCUUAGGUGGGCUUGGCCCUCCCUUUGUGGGUUUCACACAGCCUGCCCUGCAUGGGAGCAGAGUGAGGGUUGACGCCUGGGAUGGCACUGGCACCAUGUGUUCAUCCAGGUCCUCCCAGCCAGGCCGGCUGGUAAGGCCACAGCUGCCCCUCCACCUCCUUCUUCCUGUGGCUGCUGUUGUGCCCCCAGGAGGGGCCGCUGGGCUUAAGGAGGAAAAUGCAGGACACUAAGGCUCCUCGAGCGCACGGACCAGGCGCCCGCCUUCCUCCUGGAGUGUGACCGCGCUGCGCUGGGCGCUCUGCAGAGGCACCUAGCGCUCCACAGGGUCCGGCGGAAGGUCACGGUGGAGCCGCGCCCCGAGCUGCGCGUGUGGGCCGUGCUUCCCGGCUCCCCGGAGGAGGCCUGCGGGGCCGCACCGCUGCAGGAGCCGGCCGGGAGCGUCGCCAUCCUCGCUCGCGACCCCCGCACCUCCCGCAUGGGUUGGCGGCUCCUGGCCGAGGGCCAGGGCCCGGCCCUGGUGCCCGGAGGCCGGCUGGGGGAGCUCCAGGAUUAUCACCGGCACCGGUAUCAACAAGGCGUUCCCGAGGGGGUCCAUGACCUGCCCCCAGGAGUGGCCCUUCCUCUGGAGUCCAACCUGGCCUUCAUGAACGGUGUCAGCUUCACCAAGGGCUGCUACGUGGGCCAGGAGCUGACGGCACGCACCCACCACAUGGGGGUCAUCCGCAAGCGCCUCUUCCCGGUGCAGUUCUCCGGCCCCCUCCCUGCCAGCGGCAUCGCUCCCGGCACCUCCGUGCUCACGGAGUCGGGGCAGGCAGCCGGCAAGUACAGGGCAGGCCAGGGGGACGUGGGGCUGGCCCUUCUGCAGUUGGAGAAGAUCAGGGGCCCUCUCCACAUCAGAACUGCCGAGAGUGGCCGGGUGGCUCUAACCGCAUCAGUGCCGGACUGGUGGCCCACAGCCCCCAAGUAGCCCUGAACGUCCCACCCUUCCACAGGCCCAGAGGGCCUCUGUCCACCUGCCUCGCCCUGCAGGGCGGCCCCAUGCAGAGUGACCCUGUUGGACACAUGCCCCUUUGGGUGUGGGCCUCCCAGGGCUACAUGGGUGGUGGGUGCCUGCUGCGGCCCGAGGUCCCAGCCCACCAUGCUUCCUGUGGAGAGGUCGGGUGCUCAGUGUGGGCCCUCCUCUGGCGGCUCUGUGCUGGGGUGGCAGGCCCUCCCGGUUCUGGGGUGGGAGAGCCAGGCUCCGCACCCCAACUUCUACCAGACCCUGGAUAAUGUUCCAUGCUGUGUCCGUCUGGAUGCUGUUUGUCUGUCAGCUGAGGACAGGACUCUCCAGGGCCCUGCCCCGGACCGCCCACAGCCCCUCGGCCUGCGCCAAGUCUGAGGGUGGCGGGCAGGGUAGGGGGCUCUGGGAUUGUCUUAUUGCGCUGGUUGCGGGGCAUGUCUCCAGUGGGAACUGUGUGGGGCUGGGUGGGAGUCAGCAUCUCUGUGUGGAGGGAGGGGCGCACUGCUCCUGUGGCCCAAGUCUUGUGGGGCACUCUGCAUCACAGUGCUGGCUGUGGGAGCCCUGAGACUGUAAAGUGCCAGGCGCCACGUUUCAGAACUUUACCCAUGGGGUUCAGCAGCCCCCUUCUCCUCCUAGAGCCCCCGUGAACAUAGGGACGCCUUGCUUCCUCCUUUCACCCGCUGCUUUUUGUCAUCCUGCUGCAGUGUGGACCUCGUGCUUGUAGGGUGUCCUCCGGAUGCCCCUAGCGAGUAUUAAAGUGUGACCCCAAGCGGC